AUGUCAAAACAGUGUUCAUCAUUUCUAGCUUUAAAUAGCAUUAUCAAUGAUGAACGCCAAACACCAACACCACCAACCAACAAAGGUAUAGCCUCGUUGGGUGGAAAUCAGAGGAAACGGAAAACUCCCACACCACCACAAACUAUGCAACGUUUAAGCGCUAAAAAUUAUGCAGCUUUGGCAAACUCAUCACCAGCUAAGGCAGCCACCACAGUUGCCCCUCUACCGCCAAUAAUGCCCAUGAUAACAGGAGUACACUCAAUGGCUGCCGCGGGAGCCACACCACCCUUACAGCUAAUGGCCACACCGCCUCAUAAUUUGGGAAACUUUAUGGGUCUAAAUGAACAGCUAAUGAUAAAUCCUCAUUUAAUAUCCACUGGCUUACCACCCAAUACCACCAUCACCGCUCAUCCAAAUCCUAAUCAGAAUAAUAUUAACAAUAAUUUCAAAAUACAUUUACCCUUCAAUAAACCCAGUAGCACUACAACGCCAUCACCUGUCGCUUCGCCCUCACCUGCCGCUGCACCCAAAACACCCUCGCCUCAGCUAACGCCUUCACCGCAGCCGGGUCGUAUGGAUAAAACGUCACGUAGAAUUAAGCCCACUACUCUACUAAAGUCCACUGAUGAAAGUUGGCAAAAACACAAACACAGCGAUAGACAACUAACACAACGGACACCCAUUUCACUAACAAAUGAUGUGGUCAUUGAAAUGUUGCCACCAGCUACCACAGAAUCACCCAAGUCUAUAUCAGCUUCCUCGUCCCGGCAUCACACACCCAUGACUUCGCCUACAACACCAAAAUCUCAAAAAUCACCCGAUGUCAUUAUGCUGACAACACCCACCGCUCAUAAUUCGGGCAAUGAUUGUGACACUGUUUUGGAUUUGACUCACUCACCAGACAAGGUUAAAACUAACAAUAAUAAGCCCUUAGAAAUUGUCGAUUUGGUUAAUACACCCGAACAACAAAAACAACAAAUCAAUGGAGAAGCUAAUAAGGCAAAACCAGAUAAAAAACCCGAUAAACCGCCACCACCACCACCAAAACCUCCGCUAGAACCGGAAUAUGAAGAACUUAUAAAGGCUUGUCGUGAGGCUGAUCCCUCCAAAGAUAUGGAAAAGUUAAUCAAAACGAAAUUAUUAAAAUACUACUAUGAAGUACACGGUGAUUUUGUUAAAUCGAAAAGUUUUCGUAAAAGUAUACGCAAGGUUGUGGAAACCAUAAAAGCUAAACCGGAUUUGGUGUACUAUAAUCUUAAAACCAUUGUGGAAGAGUUAAAGGUACGACGUAAGGCCAGAGUGGUAGAGGAAGCUUCAGCGGCUGCAUCCCCAACCUCAGAAUCAACUAACACAGCAGCUAACAACAACAACAAUAAUAAUACUAAUACAGCAAGUCCCUUAGCAACAGCAGAAAAUGUUGAAAAACCAACAACGACUACUAGUGAUUCGAAUGUUCCUGCCAGCUCCUCAACCUCCAAUACGUCCACUACAGCAGUUGAGAUUUCAGCCACUGCCACCACAUCGACCGGUAAUAAAAAGUUAGAUGAACAAAUUAAAAAAUUAAAUAAAGCCCUGUAUGUUUUAACCAAACGUAUUGAGGUAUUGGAACAGGCUGAAGUCGAUUGGGAUGAUGAUGAUUCCAGUUUUCUGCAAGUGGAACGUUUUAAGAAAAGAGCUUGCCAGAUUUAUGAAAAAAUUUGUGAUCUUACGGGUGAAAGUAAAAAUGCCCAUCGUUUAGUUAAGAAACCCAUCAAAUUCAAUGAAACACGUAUACCACAGUUUAAUAAGACUCUACAGGCGUUUAUCAAUCGCACAAAAGAAUUUCCCGAUUAUUAUGAUGUAUUGCGUAUGCUGGAACAUUGUAAUCGUACCUAUAGUUUGGGUUUAGUUAACUUUGAAAUGAAAAAUAUAGCUGAAGAUGCGUUCAUUAAAGUGGGCAAACUAUUGCAAUCACGACGUAAAGCCGAUCUUUACGAAACAGUUACCCACUAUGCGGGUGAUGGUGCUGAUCCAGCCAAAACUGAUCCGACUUUGGCGGCAAAACUAAAUGAAAAUCUUAAAAAUCACAAAAAAAUCAAUGAUAUCUUAGAGAAGUUUGCACGCAAACAAGAUAUGCCCGAAGUCGAGGAGGAAGAGGAAAAGGCUGAAACAACAGAAGAUACUAAAGUAGAGGAGGCGACUAAAGCAGAAGUUAAAAUGGAAACGGAAACAGCGGAAGUGAUGGCAAUUGCAAACGAAAGUUUAAAUAAAGAGGAUAAAAAACAAGGAGAACAAGAAGAGAAACAAGUUUUACUUAAGUCUGAGGAAUGUAAAAAAGAAAAGGAAACUGUUGGACCAGUUAAGAGGAUGGUGGUGGAAGAAGGGGAGGAAGAUGAAGAAGAUGAUGACGAGGAGGAGGAGGAAGAGGAAGAAGAUGAUGAUGAUAAUCUAGAUGAACAAGUAGAAACUUUAGCUAAUGGUGAUGUUAGUGAUAAUGAAUCAGACAACGAAAUCGAAAACACAAAUAAUAAAAACAAAGAAAAUGUCUCAAAAGAUACAAUAAAAGAACUCAAUGAAAGUCUGGUUAGUGUUAAUGAUAGUUUAGCAAUUUUGGAUAAGUCAUAUGAUAAAUCAUUAUCAACAGAAUGUAUAGAAAUACCUGAUAAUUCACAAGAUAUAUUGCAAUUAGAUAAUACAAUGGAAAAUUGUAUGAAUAAGUUAAUAUCAUCACAUGAGAACAACAACUCUGCCAGAGAUAAUUUGUUAGUAAAUAACAAUAAUAACGAGUUGGUUGCAACAACAAAUACAAAGACUGUCAUUAAUACUACUACAAGUAAGGAAACUUCACCAUUAACAUCACCUAAAGCUUCACCAACUACUCCUGCCUCAAUAAUGCCCAUAAGAAAUGGUAAAUUAAGAGAAACACCUACUCCCCAUCUGCUCAACAACAAUAAUAAUAAUAAUGCCAGCAUUAAUUUGGAUACAGCUACUGCCACUCUUACAACCACCACUACAACGGCAGAUUUGAAAAUUGUUCAUGUCUCUAGUCUAGAACCCGAUACAAAUAAAAUUACAACAACAACAACUGGUGGCAGUAAUAUUGAGGUUGGUAGUAGUUUAUGUACAGAUUUAACUUCUACAAUAUCGGCAAAUAAAUCGUUAGAGGAAAUUGUUAUAUCCGAUGAGGAAUCAUAGUGUUUAUUGGAUUUAACCAUGCACAAGCGAUGAUAAUGAUGUUGAUGAUAAAAUAUUGCAAAAAAAAUUAUUUUGGAUUUUUUAAAAAUUUGAAAUUUUUAUUUAUGUUUUGUAAUUUUUUUUUUUUUGCCAAUUUCAACUAUUUUUGGUUGUGGUUUUGUUUGUUGAACGGUGUGUGUGUGUGUGUGUGUGUGUGUGUGUGAUAUAUUUUAAGGGUUGAGGUUAGAAAACUAUUAAAUCUCUUUCGAUUUUUUUGAACUUUUUGAAUGAACACAAAUUUCGUUGAAUUUUUUUUAAUAUACAACAAUUUGCAAGACUAAAAAUCUUAUAUUUGGUAUUGUAAAUGUAAAUUUUCAACUAAAUAUCACUUGAAAAACAUUUCUAGCAACAAUGCCACAGUUAGCAAGACUAAACAUUUUGUAUUUGGUGUGGUAAAUAUACACUUUCAACUAAAUUUCAUUUGAAAGUCAUUUUUAGGCAAAAAGCAACUGUUUGCAAGGCUACAUAUCUUAUAUUAGGUAUUGCAAACGCAUUAUUUCAAGUUAACUAUGCUUGAAAAACAGUUCUAGUGAAAAUGCCACAGUUUGCAAGACUAUACAUUUUUUAUUUGGUGUGGUAAAUAUACACUUUCAACUAAAUUUCAUUUGAAAGUCAUUUUUAGGCAAAAUACAACAGUUUGCAAGGCUACAUAUCUUAUAUGAGGUGUUGCAAACGCAUUAUUUCUAAUUAACUAUGCUUGAAAAACAGUUCUUGCAAAAAUGCCACAGUUUGCAAGACUAAACAUUUUGUAUUUGGUGUGGUAAAUAUACACUUUCAACUAAAUUUCAUUUGAAAGUCAUUUUUAGGGAAAAAGCAACAGUUUGCAAGGCUACAUAUCUUAUAUGAGGUGUUGCAAACGCAUUAUUUCUAAUGAACUAUGCUUGAAAAACAGUUCUAGUAAAAAUGUCACAGUUUGCAAGACUGAAAAUCUUGCAUUUACUGUUGCAAAUGCCAAUGCCAAAGUUUGCAAGACUAAACAUUUUGUAUUUGGUGUUGUAAAUAUACACUUUCAACUAAAUUUCACUGGAACGUCAUUUUUAGGCAAAAUACAACAGUUUGCAAGGCUACAUAUCUUAUGUGAGGUGUUGCAAACGCAUUAUUUCUAAUUAACUAUGCUUGAAAAACAGUUCUAGCAAAAAUGCCACAGUUUGCAAGACUGAAAAUCUUGCAUUUACUGUUGCAAAUACCAAUGCCACAGUUUGCAAGAUUAAAUAUUUUGUAUUUGGUGUUGUAAAUAUACACUUUCACUAAAUUUCACUGGAAAGUAAUUUUUAGGGAAAAACCAAUAGUUUGCAAGGCUAUAUAUCUUGUAUUAGGUAUUGCAAAUCCAUUAUUUCAAGUUAACUAUGCUUGAAAAACAGAUCUAGCGAAAAUGCCACAGUUUGCAAGGCUACAUAUCUUGUAUUAGGUAUUGCAAAUCCAUUAUUUCCAGUUAACAAUGCUUGAAAAACAGUUCUAGCGAAAAUGCCACAGUUUGCAAGACUGAAAAUCUUGCAUUUACUGUUGCAAAUAAAUUAUUUUAAGUGAAAUUGUCGUAGAAAACAAUUCUAUCGAAAAUGUUACAGUUUGCAAGACUAAAAAUGUUUCAAAUCGGUUUAAAAAUCAUGCAUUUUUUAUGAUUAUGAUUUAUAGCAUUUAAUCAAAUUUGCAAGACUAAAAACUUUAGGAUUUUAAUAUUGCAAAUACAUUAUUUCUAGUAAAUUUCAUUUAAAAAACAAUUUUAGCAAAAAAGCCACAGUUUGCAAGACUAAAAAUCUUAUAUUUAAUAUUGAAAAUACUUCCUUAAAGGUAAACAUCACUUGGAAAAGAUUUCUAACAAAAAUAUCACAGAUUGCAAGACUAAAAAAUUAAAGCGUAUGUGAGUUACAGCAGUUAAUGAAAUUUGCAAGACUAAAAAUGGUAUAAUUUAGGUAUUGCAAAUAUAGUAUUUCAAGUAAAUUUCACUUGAAAAAUACUUUUAGCAAAAAAUCUAUAGUUUACAAGACUAAAAAUCUUGUAUUUGGUAUUGCAAAUAUAUUAUUUUAAGUAAAAUUGUCUUAGAAAACAAUUUUAGCUUAAAUGUCAUAAUUUGCAAGACUAAAAAUCUUGUAUUUGGUAUUGCAAAUUUAUUAUGUUAAAUAAUUUUUUAUUGGUAAACAGUUUAAGCAGAAAUGCCAUAGUUUGCAAGGGCUUAACUUAGUACUAAGUUGUGAUUUACUUAACUUGAAACUUAAAUGUAAAACAAAAAAAAGGCAAACUGCCCUUGCAAAUGUGGCAAAAAUUGUACAAUAUUUACAAUCAUAACAAAAAAUGAUGUACUACUGGUAAUUGCAAUUUGCAAGACCAAUUUUUGAUUUUACCUGGUGUAAAUAUACUAUUUUUGAGUGAAAACACAAUUCUAGCAAAGUUGCAAAAGUUUGCAAGACUUUAACAACAGCAAAAUUUUUAUCAUUCGGUGUUGCAAAUAUAGUUUUUGGAUUAAACUUCUACUGUCAAACAAUUUGCAAGAGAAAAUAAGGACAAAACUUUCAUCUUUAGGUGUUGCAAAUAUAGUUUUUACAUUAAACUUCUGCUGCAAAAUAAUUGUAGUAAAAAAUUCUAUUUGCAAGACUAAAUUUUGUUUUCUUUGAGUGUAAAUAACCUUUUUCAUGAGCGGAAUUAUAUUGAAAAAUAAUUCUAGCAAAAAGGCAACAAUUUACAAGACCUCAAUUACAGCAAAAUAGACAAUUGUAGUAAAAAAAUGCAAUUUGAAAUUCUCAAUUAUGUUUUCUUUAAGUGUAAAUAGACUUUUAUGAUUAAAUUUAUCUUGAAAAAUAAUUGUAGCAAAAUUGCUACAGUUUGCAAGACCUCAAUAAGGGUAAACUUAUAGCUUUUGGUAUUGCAAAUGUAAUCUUUAUAAUAAAUUUAGGCUGCAAAACAAUUGUAUUGAAAAUGCAAUAGUUUGCAAGACCUUAACUAAGAACAAUUCUCAAAAAUUAACAAUUUUAGUAAAAAAUGCAAUUUGCAAUUCACAAUUAUGUUUUCUUUAAGUGUAAAUUAGACUUUUUGAUUGAACUUAUUUUGAAAAACAUUUCUAGCAAAAUUGCAACAGUUUGCAAUACCAUAAUAAUUGUCAACUUAUAGCUUUUGGUAUUGCAAAUGUAAUCUUUAUAAUAAAUUUUGGCUGCAAAACAAUUGUAGUGGAAAUGCAAUAGUUUACAAGACCUUAACUAAGAACAAUUCUAAAAAAUUAACAAUUGUAGUAAAAAAUGCAAUGUGCAAUUCUCAAUUAUGUUUUCUUUAAGUGUAAAUAUACUUUUAUGAUUAAACUUAUCUUGAAAAAUAAUCGUAGCAAAAUUGCAACAGUUUGCAAGACCUCAAUAAGGGUAAACUUAUAGUUUUUGGUAUUGCAAAUGUAAUCUUUGUAACAAACUUAGGCUGCAAAACAAUUGUAGUGGAAAUGCAAUAGUUUGCAAGACCUUGCAAACAUAGUUUUUGGUAUUGCAAAUGUAAUCUUUGUAAUAAACAUAGGCUGCAAAACAAUUGCAGUGGAAAUACAAUAGUUUGCAAGACCUUGCUAAGAACAAAAUUUGAAUUUAGAAAAA